UAGUUCAAUUUUCCUAAAUCUUCUUUCAAUCUUUAGUUUGUUGACAGCAAGUCAGCCCAAAUGAGAGCAGAUAAGCAUCGUCAAGAAAUGAUGCAGCGAAGGGUACUGCACCGUUUUGUCAUGAUGGCCAAGAAAACAAUGCCUGGCAGAACUGAUCAACUUGAUGGGGAAGAUAAAGCUGCACAAGAAAUUCAUGUCCAGAAGAAGUACUUCAAAGCUUGGCGUCUUGGAGCUGGCAUGGAUAAAAAGCAGCCAACAGAGACAGACCCUAUUAUGCCUAAAGAUGACAAAGAGGAACUUAUUCACAAAGAUUCUUUUGAAAUUGAGGAAGAAGAGGAAGAAGAGGAAAGCACAACUUAUUUGGCCAUUAAGUGUGUCAGCCUCCUUGUUAUUGGAGUUGGUUUGGUGACAGUAUUUGCUGAUCCAAUGUGUGAUGUGCUUGAUUCCCUUACAAAUAAAUACAACAAGUCAUUUAUUCCUGUUUCAUCUUUCUAUGUGUCAUUUGUGGUGACUCCACUGUGCUCAAAUGCUUCAGAACUUGUGUCUUCUUUAAUUUUUGCCUCCAAGAAGAAGAAGGAGAAUGUUUCCAUGACCUUUGCACAGCUGUAUGGUGCUGGAACCAUGAACAACACUCUGUGUCUUGGCAUUUUUGCUGCUCUUGUGUACUUCAGGGAGUUGAAGUGGUACUACUCUGCAGAGGUGACUGUGAUAAUCUUUGUGCAGUGGGUCGUUGGAAUUGUUGGCUUCCGUCUGACAUACAAGGUAAGCUUCACCCCACUAUCUAGAGAAUACCCCUACUUGAUCUUGUUUGUUUUUGGGAAAGGGGAAAACAGUGAUUUGUAACAAAUCAACAUUCAC